CAUGAUUCAGUGCAGGCUCGCAGAUGGCAAAACGACAUCAUUUCAGUUGCCCUGAGAGUAGAAGUUGCCGUCCACCCUGUCGAGAUUAAUCGUAGCUGCUCACACAAUGGCUGCUUUUAGCAUGGCUCUGGCGCGUGCCCUGCUAGGCUUCUCGGCAGGCCUGCAGUACAUGCUGGAGCCCUGGGUGCAGUACGAGGCGUACGACAUACACGUGGCCAACAACCUCAUCAGCGACGUGUGGGGCGCGGGGCUGGGCGUGUACGGCGGGCUGCACGUGCUGAUGGCGCACAACACCCUGAUGCGUGUGGGGAGCAGGUCACAUGCGGUGGAGUUCAACACCGGCAGCCGCGUGUGCGACGCCGACGCCGACGCCGCCCGCUGCCGCGCCCUGCGUCGCGGCGGCUACGGCGCCUGGGGCCCGGCCAGUGUGGGGGACAACCCGCCCGAUGACCUCGGCGUGGCCAUCCCCAGCCGCGAUGUGCUGUUUGUCAACAACCUGAUUGUUAACCCGCCGGACAACAGCACGCAGUGGCAGCACAUACAGAUCAUGCCCCCCCAGCCGGCUGCGGGGGGCGUGCCCGGCCCAUACGCGCGCGCUGACGAGGGCCUUGUCAUUGCCGGCAACCUGUUCUGGGACGGCGGCGCCGAUAAGGCCCUUGGGGUGGAGGACGCCGAAGAGCCCGGCUGCCCGCAGCAGGCCUUGAAGCCAGGGGAGGACUCGCCGCCGGGAUGCCGGGUGGCGCAGUUGCUACGGGACAACCUGUGGUCGGGUCCGGGGGCGCAGCCGGAGUGGGCGGGCGGCGCCGCAGCGGAGGGCCGCGGCGCGGAGGCGGCGCAUCUGGCGGCGGCGGUGUGGGCGGCGGGCGGCCUGGUGCUGCAACAGGGGAGCGCAAGCGCGGCGGCGGCGGUGCGGGUGCUGGUGGCGCCGCUGCCGCAGUUCCCGCCCUGGCCGGCGGAGCAGCUUGCGCCGCCCGGUGCGGCGGUGGUGGCGGAGUUGCUGUCAGACGUGUUGGGGCGGCAGCGCGGCGGCGGCUUCGAUGCGCCGGGCGCGUUCGCGCUUGAGGGCGCGCCGGCGGCGGCGCCUGGCCCUUCACCCCGACCCAGCUCCUCGCCACGCGCAUCGCCAACGCCCUCGGCUGCGCCUGCCCCACAUGCAGCACCAAAGCCCUCGCCGACUCCGGCGCUUGCGCCUUCAUCAUCACCUGCACCCAAGCCGUCACCCUCAUCCAAGCCGGCGCCCUCCCCAAAGCGGAGGAGGAACCCCAGAAAGUCUCCCAAACCGGCAAAGGGCCGCCGGUGAAGGGAAGGCACAGGCCGGAGGCAAGCCUUGAUUGAGUCGCGGUCGUCUGUGAUCAGCUAUUGCCGAUGUAGUGUUCUAUGAUUGAUUUGACCGUCAUGUCACACAUGAGUUACUGGGACGUGAUGCCGGCGGCGCUAAUGAAAUGUUUGUUGUGAGCAUGUGAAGGGGGCAUCUCGGGGGAGACCUGCUGGGGAGAUGUGUAUUAAUGGUGUCAUGGUGCAUUUCGAGUUUGGGAGUCUAGUGUUACCAGGGGUGCCCCCAUGGGUGUUUACCGUACGGCAUGUCAGCAUGUGGCUUGGGCCUGCGGUUGGGGGCCGGCUGAAGACGGUCAGAUACGGCCAUCCUGGUGCGCUCGGAGUGCGUUCGGUGGCCGUAUUUCCCAUCUGCGCUGUAGUCUGUAGAGGUCUCCCCAAAAUCCGCCGAAGGCAGAAGGAAGAUUUCGUUUUGGUAUUGGGGGCCGCGCAUCUACGGCGCGCAGACGUUCUUGGCGCGGAUCUAGCGGUAUCGUAGACGUUUUGGGGGGUUGGGGGGAGGGCUUGCCCCCCUACUCCCCUAGGUGAAAGUUUCCGGGCGUAGAUGCCGCGGGAGGGUUCAUCUACACUGUGUAGAUGCCGCGAGCCCAAGGGCAUCUACAAGAAACCGGCACGGAUUGCGUUGGGCAGGACUGCGUUCACGAUGGCGGUGACAGCGGCGAUGGGGGACUUGGCGCAGGACAAGGGGUGUCAGGAUCGUACAGGUUUGUACACAACGAUGGCUAUUUCUCUCAAGGGAAGAUUGGGCUGAGCCUACACACGCCACCUUGAGCAAUGUCUAAGGCUGAAGGUAUCGAAACUACC